GGCUGAUUUAGCGGGCCAUGAGCGUGCGCUGUCCCAGUCCAGGGCGCGCAGUCGCAACUCUACCGCGGCCACCGCAUGCAAGUGCGGUCGCCGCCCGACCCAAAUCGUCCACCGCCACGAGCAUGCGCAUUCGAGAUCCCGAUGCGACCAUGUACCAGACAUCCCCAGCGCAGCGCAGCUACAAUCAAUACCCGUUUAAGUCGACUGCGGGGACGUCAACACCGCGACGACGCCACCUCAAGACCCCACCCACCAUCUACUUUCAGCCGACACCAGGACGUGGCAACACGGGGCACUGGACGCAGACACAACGACCCGUGUCUCCAGUGCCUGCGACGCCCGCCCAGGUCUUACAGCACCUCUCCAACGAAGCCCAUCCCGCGGUCAAGACGUCCGACAUGGCCCACGUGCAGGCGUGGUUGACUUCGCUCGAGACGGAAGUGCACUCGUUCACGUCGUACUUUCUCUUUUGCGAGAUGAAAUUUCGGGAAACCAACGUCCUGGCGACCGGGAAAGAGACGCCGAACCACUUGCGCACGGCCGUGGCCUUUCACUGCCUCCAGCAAGCCUCGUGCAUCUUUGGUCGCUACCAAAGCGUGCUCGACACCAUUUGCCAGAGUCUGGGCCAUGCGAUUUACAAGGAUUUUGACGAGCUCUCGGGCCGGGGACAGCCGAUUACGGCCACACGCUGCUACGCGGACGGCGUCACCUUCUUUGACCGUAGCAAGGCGCAAGAUAGCGAGGCAAACGAGCUACGCGACCAAAUCACGUCCCUCAAGCACGACAAGCGACGUCUGGAACGAAAGCUGCAGCUCGCUCAGACCACCGUCGAGAACCUCACGAACCGCGGGACAGUGCCCGAGGAGCCGUCGAGUGCCAGCGCCAAAAACGCCAAUCGGGACGUCGAGCAGCUCGGCACAAUGGACAAGGUGCGCACGAUUCUCAGCAUCUUCAAGACACUCGAACCGACGGGCAAGAAAAUGAUCCUCACCGGGCUCUUGCAGUCGGCCGAGAACCCGUUGGACGCAGAUGCCAUGGCAGACGUGAUCCAGUACAUGAACCGCGCCGAGGCAGCGAAACUCACAUAUCAUUUGGCGGCCGAGUUUGGUCACUCAGUGUCGAGCGUGGUGUCGACCGACCCGCUCAAGGCCAAAAUGCAAAGCGCGUUCGAGUCCAAGGAGGUCCUCGAAGCCGAGCGGGCGAGCUACGAGCAGCUCAUUUUACUACGAAACGAACUGGCGCAUGCCAAAGAGACGUACCUCGACGACAUCCGGCACGAGCGCGACCGCAACGAGAUCCUUACCGACGAGCUCAAGGAGCUACUGAGUCGCCAACAAGAACUCUCGCACCAAGCGCCCCUUAAUCGCUCGUCGGUCGAAAUGGCGACCCAAACCCACGACGAUCCAAGCUCGCCUUCAGCCGCCAGCGGCGUCGUCCGCACGGCUUCUCUUGCCCCCGUGGUGCCCGUGUCUCGCUUCCAAGGCAUCUCGGAGCUCAUUGCGGACGCCAACUUUCUCCCCAAGCACAUCAAAAAGAUCUUUGCGAAGCGUAAGCCCAUGGUCGUCCAAGAGCUUUGCGCGACGAUCGCUACCAUUUACCAAGCCAAGAUGCUGCAAGACAUUGCCGACGACGUUGCCGGGCGAAAUCGCGAGUCGCUCAUUGAGUUUAUGCACGACCUCUACGUGCUCUACCACGGGCUUCGCGGCCUCGCGAUUGGCCAAUUCAUCUGCAUUGACGCCGGCGUGCGGAAAUUUUGCGAGAGAAAUGCACGUGUUCGCGUGUUUGGAAUGCUUCUCGGGUCGUCGGCCGGGCCGUGCGCCACGUACAAGUCGAUCGGCGCGACGCACCAAGCAGUCGACUUUUACCUUCACGUCGUCGGUCUCAUCUUUCAAAUUGGCCAUUACACGCACGAGACGCUGGCCGCAACAAGUGCCGCGCGGGUGCUGGGCCAGCGCCUCGGCGACGGUAUCGUUGGCAGUCCGAAUGCCACGUCAAUCCCGCUGUCGCAAGCGCUCGACGUCGUUGCGUCGGCGUUUGCGUUUGAGAAAGGCGCGGAAAAUGCGUGCUACGCGACACUCAAGCAUCGCGGCGACGACGGCAUCGAAAUCGACGAGCUCCUCGAGCACGUCAUGCGGCACUGGUUCAAGCUCUUCAACGCCCAAGUCGAUUUCAUGCACACGCUUUUCGAGAGCAUGGACCGCGAGCAGAACGGUAUCAUUGAGUUUCCAGAAUUUCAGCUCCUCGCAACGCAGCUCGACCCACAAAUGCACGAGCGCGACUGCCUCGCCCUCUACUCCAAGAUUGCAGGAACAAACAACGCCAUUGAUACCGGCGCGUUCGUCCUCGGCAUGGUCCAGCACCAGCAGCGUGUGCUCCAGUCCGCUCGACACGCCCCGCGCCAGCAAAUGCCGACGACGGAGAAAGGCCAUCGGCACUCGGACGUGGGCGUCAAGCCACUGCGGAUGCUCCGCCGCAACAGCUUUCACCGAUCGUCGUUGACCAAGGUGACCAAGGUACGACCGCCCGCAACGGUCGAGCUCCAUACAAACAUCAUUGGCCGAUUGCGGUCGCUCUCGCUGCGGGCCGUCGACGCGCCGGUCAAGAACGUCGAGAGCCGCCCGAUCCGCGGCUCCAUCUCGAAUGAAAACUGGAAUGUCUCGAUCCACGACAUCAUUGCGCGCCGCGGGCCAGCGUCAAGUGGUGCGAUCGAGGAAGGCGACGGCGACGAGACCGACGAGACCGACGACAACAACGACGCCGACGACCAGCAAGGUGCCUAA